AUGUUCUCAAGCACGACACUCAAAGCAGUGUUUCUAUCUCUUCUUGCCUACGCUUCAGCUCUGCCUUCUGAAUUGGACACCCGCGCAACAUGUCCUGAAAUUCACGUCUUUGGUGCUAGAGAGACCACAGCACCAGCCGGAUUUGGGACCGCAGGCGUAGUUGUCAACCUCAUCCUUGCCGCUCAUUCUGGGUCAACUUCCGAAGCCAUCAAUUAUCCCGCGUGUGGCGGUCAAUCUUCGUGUGGUGGAGUUAGCUAUGGUAAUAGUGUUGUUGCAGGAGUUUCUGCCGUCGCAGCUGCAGUGAAUGCAUAUCAUACACAAUGUCCAAGUACUAAAUUGGUAUUGGUGGGAUAUUCUCAGGGUGGCCAAAUAAUGGACGAUGCGUUCUGUGGAGGUGGAGAUACGAAUGAUGGGCUCACGGAUACCACGAUUCCAAUCCAAGCCAGUGCUGUCAACAUGAUCAAGGCCGCAAUUUUCAUGGGUAACCCACGCUACAUCUAUGGCCUUUCCUAUGAAGUUGGUACCUGUAGAGCUCAAGGAUUUGCGCCUCGUCCCUCUGGUUUUUCUUGUCCCUCCGCUUCAAAGAUAAAGUCUUAUUGCGACGCUGCUGAUCCGUACUGCUGUACUGGUUCUGAUGCAAAUACCCAUCAAGGUUACGGCACCGAAUAUGGUCAACAAGCCUUAACAUUCGUAAAUGCACAACUCGCUUCAUCUGGUACGUCCCCAACUACUACUCCAUCUAGCCCCGGUACAACAACUACCAUUACCUCCCCUGGAUCCACUGGAGUUGCGCAUUAUGGACAAUGUGGCGGAAGUGGAUAUACGGGUAGUACAACUUGUGCUAGCCCAUAUACGUGCACUUAUGCAAAUGCUUAUUAUUCGCAAUGUCUUUAG